AUGGGAGGAGGAGUUUCUAAACACGUAUUUGAUCCGAAUAAAGAAGUUCUAAAGAUCAAUGGACGUAAUUUGACCGAUAUCCCAUUCGCCAUUCCCGAAGAUCAUCCUCUGAAACAGCUUGAUUUGGCUCAAAAUCACAUCCAAAGAAUUCCAUUAAAACUUCUCAAUCUAGAGUUACUUGACCUAUCACAGAAUGAUUUGCGACAAGUUCUUGCUGAUAAUCCAGAUGUCAUUUUAGAAUAUCCAAAGCUAAAAACGCUAAAUCUAACGGAAUGUAACAUAAAUGAAUAUCCUAAAAUGAUUAACUCACUCAAGACUAUUAGAGUUCUCAACCUUGAUCGAAACUAUUUAACGCAAAUCGAAUUAGAUUUACCGGGAUUGAAAUCACUGAACUUAAUGAUCAACUACCUAACCGAAAUGCCUCCACUCCCACCGAAACUACUCAAAUUAAAUGUUGGUUUCAACAAUUUAAAGACAUUGGCCUUUUCUCAUGAAACUAUCACGGAAUUACGUCUUUCUGGAAAUAAUAUCAACUACGUUUCGCCAGAUAUAUCAUUUCCAAAUGCAAAACUCGUUGAUUUAUCACAUAACCACAUUUGUGAAUUUCCUCCGAUUGAUAAACUUUUUCCGAAGGUCGAAUUACUUCAACUUACAGCUAAUUUUCUUGUUGAAUCACCAUGCUCACUACCAGAUACGUUAAUUAAGUACGAUAUCUCUUAUAAUAUGAUUCCUCACAUUAAAGAGCCAUUAACACAUCUUGUGAACUUAACUCACCUCGAUAUCAGCAAUAACCUGAUUGAUGAGUGUCCAGAUAUCCCUCCAAAUGUCAAAUCUUUGACCACAGACCACAAUCAUUUCAAAUCUGUCCAAAAAAUGACAAAUCAGAAUGUACGACUCAUGAUAUUACUAGAGAAUCAAUUACAAGAGCUUCCAGACCUUUCUGCAUCGAAAGUUGCCACAUUAUGUCUAAAUAGAAAUGAAAUUUCGGAUAUAUCGCAUGCAGAACGAAUUCCAGACACUAUACAACAAAUAGAGCUCAUAUCCAACAAACUUACCACAUUAAAUCUUGAAUUUCUUGCAAAAGAAAAUAUAAAAACAUUAACUCUCACAAAUAAUGGAAUUACUACUCUCCCUAAAGAGAUUGUCAACACCAAACUCAAAGCCCUUCUUCUUGGCGAGAAUCCUCUAUCAUCACUUCCGAAAUUACCUCCAACUUUAAAUUGCAUCUCCUGCAACUCCUGUAAGUUCACAGAAUUCCCGGACGUGGUCUAUACACUCACGAAACUCACGCACGUCGACUUCUCCUGCAAUCAGAUCACUUGUGUCGCAACAAUUCCGUCAGUUUUUGUAAAUCUCAACUGUAAUCAGAUCGAUUCCUUCCCGUUGAUCUACAAGAACACUCAGACAUUGUUGCUGGCUCACAACAAGCUCAGAUCGUUCAAAAUUGCAGGAAAAGCUCUUGUAAAUUGCGAUGUUUCCCAUAACAUGAUCAAAGAGAUCUUUUUGAACCCAUCAAACGAGAUCCACGUGAUCAAACUUGCAUUUAACCCAUUGAAAUACGAAAUUGACUUGAAUUGGUUCCCUAAUAUCGAUUCUUUAGAUAUCUGUGCUACAAAAUGCCGAGUAUUGAACAUGAAGGACCACAAGAGGCUCCAGGAAGUCGCCCAGGAUUACGAUGACACCGAUUUCAUCCAGAAACGUAAUGCGACCAUAAAACUAUUCAAUUGUCACAAAACCGUCGGUUACUAUGAAUUUAUCGGUGUCCGACCAACUAUGGAAGAUUCUUUGAUUAUGCGGCAAAUUAAUAAAGAAACUAGAUUAAUUGCCGUUUUAGAUGGCCAUGCCGGAAAUAAGACCGCAUGUGUCGGCGCAUUUUACAUUCCAGAAUUAUUUACAAAGAUCGGAGCAAAUGCGUUAUUAAACGACAUUCCUGCAAUUAUCCAUGAACUGAAUCUCAAGAUCGGAAAGAUGGGAUUGAAAGACGGUGCCACUCUUGCGUUGGCCAUUGUCAAACCAGAUGAAAUAGGCAUUGCACACCUUGGAGACGCGAGAUGUGUUGUUAUAAGGAAAGAUGGAAGUGUCUUGGAAUUGACGGUCGACCACAAAGCGACAGAUAGAAUGGAAUACGAUUUGCUCAAGGAAAAGAGAUGUUUCUUGCAGUUCGGAAGAGUGAAUGGAACAUUGGCUGUAUCUAGAACAAUAGGAGAUUUGGAUCUUGAAGGUGUGUUGAGGAUACCUGGAAUGACUGUCCACAAAAUAAACAAGGAAAAUGAUAUAAGAUUGUUGGUUGCUUGCGAUGGAAUUUUCGACGUUUUGUCGUCGGCUGAAACAGGAAAAAUAAUUGCGGCCGAACCUGACUGCGCAAGAGCUGCGGCAAAGUUGGUUUCUAUCGCGUAUUCAAGAGGUUCUGCUGAUAAUAUGUCUGCAAUUGUUGUCAACUUGGAACAACAAACUGGUUUCUUGUCUAAAUUCUUCUAA